AUGCAGCCUUGCAGAUUUUGUACACUAGAGCUUCGUCGCCGUGAGCUUCCCGCUCACGAGCGAUACUGUGGCGCGCGCACGGAGCUGUGUAAGUGUGGCGAAUGGGUCAUGAUAAAAUACAGGCAGUUGCAAGUCGACUCCAACCAACGGAUAUCACGGACUUUUCAGCUCGCAUACGGUCAUUCGCUGAAAACUUACAACCUGUUCCCAUUUCACACCAUAACAAGCAAAAAGUCUUUGUUUACAAAUAUCUGUAAACAUGAGGUCAUAGAACGAAAGGCACAAUCUUUUAAAAUUCGUAUUAAAGGGAAGGAAUCCAUAGUCUCCAUAGACAGACUUAAACCCGCCUACAUACUGACUAACAACUCUCACCAACCAGACAGUCCUAGUCAAGAACAUCCACCUCCAGUCAGAACAACACGUUCUGGCCGGAGAGUACAAUUCCCCGACUUUUAUCGUCACUAG